AUGAAGAAAUUAAUUACUUUUGUUUUGGUUCUAUUAUUUAUAGAAGAAAUCGUUGAGUGUAAUAUGAAGACUUAUGGAACAUGCAGCGGACAACAAACUGAUGUUUUUUAUCCUAAACCUUGUCCAGGAUGUUGCACUAGUAAUGGAAGAAGUUUAUCAGGAGGUUGCAGUUCACAAUGUCAGAAAAAAUGCAAUUUGCCAAAAGGAGGUUACUGCGAUAGCAGUGGAAAUUGUGCAUGUUUUCUUAAAUAACAAUUUAAAUUAGAAAUAAUCUUAAAAAAA